UGUCGUUUUACAGUUAUGCUGUCGUUUGAGAGUGUCCCCACACACCCCUUCCGUUCCGUUGGAGAAAGACAAAAGUCAAAAGCAGCUGCUCAACUCAAGGCUCUCUUCACUCUUGUCUCUUUCACUAUCGAGCUACCCAACUGUAAAACCCUUAAACCCUUGAAGCCCUAUCUAUCCCUCUGUUAUAGCCCCCUUUUUCUCUCUCUCUCUCCUAAAUACAUGAAAGCUAUUUCAAGGAUGAAGUCCCUUGUAUCUCAGACGCCAUUCCCGUGUUCUCAACUUUCACAGAAAACACAUUUGGCGUUAUUUUCUCUUGCCACUAAAUCCAAUCAACAUAACCCAACAACAACCUUUCUGCAAAAAUCCAAUCUUCUUCACCUGAAACCCAUCUCCUGUUUCCCCAAAACACCAUGCUCUUUGGUUCAAAUUCAAAACCGCGGCCUGCAAAUGGAGCGAGAGUCUCGGACGCUCAGGUCUGGCGAAGUUCACGUGAUUGUUGGUCCUAUGUUCGCCGGAAAGACUACCACGCUUCUUCGUCGGAUUCAAUCAGAGAAAAGCAACGGCAGCUUUCAGGUCAAGCCUCUAACAAACAACCUCCAAUUGGAUAAAACAUUAAAGUUUCUUUGUUUUUCGGGGAAUUUGAAGGAAGCUGUCUCUCUAUUGUGCCAUUCAGGGAUACAAGUGAAAACAAAGACGUAUGCUCUUCUCUUGCAAGAAUGCGUAUAUAUAAAAGAAUAUAAUAGUGGGAGAAGAAUCCAUGCACAAAUGAUUGUUUUGGGAUUUGUCCCUAACGAAUAUUUAAAGACCAAAUUGUUGAUAUUGUAUGCAAAGUCUGGGGGACUAAGAACAGCCCACAUUUUGUUUGAUAAACUUCUGGAAAAAAAUUUAGUUUCAUGGAAUGCAAUAAUUGCAGGGUAUUUUCAAAAGGGACUAACAGAGAUGGGGUUAAAUCUUUAUUACAAGAUGAGACAGAGUGGCUUUAUACCGGAUCAGUAUACCUUUGCAUCUGUAUUUAGAGCCUUUGCCUCUUUAGCAGCAUUGGAACAUGGCAAGCAAGCCCAUGGUCUCUUGAUCAAGUGCAAUAGUAUGGACAAUGUUAUAGUCAACAGUGCCCUCUUAGAUAUGUACGUUAAGGGCAGUAGCCUAUCUGAUGCACAUUUGGUAUUUGAUACCUCUAUUAAUAAGAAUGUCAUUACAUGGACUUCUUUGAUAUCUGGGUAUGGUCUGCAUGGAAGAGUUAAUAAGGUGUUGGAGCUUUUCCAUAGGAUGAAGGCUGAAGGUGUCAGACCAAAUUAUGUUACUUUUUUAUCAGUUCUUUGUGCUUGUAGCCAUGGAGGUUUGAUUGAUGAGGGUUGGGAACACUUUUCUUCAAUGAAACAUUAUGGUAUUCAACCAAGAGAACAACACUAUUCUGCUAUGGUCAAUCUUUUAGGUCGUGCUGGGAGGCUAAAAGAAGCUUAUGAGUUCAUUCUGAGCUCACCUUUCAAAGAGCACUCAGUGAUAUGGGGAGCUUUGCUUGGGGCUUGUUUAUGGGAAAAUGUGGCAAAGGUUAGGGCUGCAAUGAAGGAAUCGGGGAUGAUAAAAGAAAGUGUAGCAAUAAUAAAAUCAAACAAAGACACAAGGUAUGGAUUGGAUUCAAUUGUAACACAUGAUGGAGUGAAAUUGCCUUGUUGGGCUCUGGCAGAUUUGCUAUCAUUCAGGCAAAAUUUUGGUGCAGAAGCAUAUGAAGAGCUAGAUGUGAUUGGAAUCGAUGAAGCUCAAUUCUUUGGAGACCUUUAUGAUUUCUGCCGUGAAGCUGCUGAUCUUGAUGGCAAAACAAUCAUAGUCUCUGGUCUAGAUGGUGACUACUUGAGAAGGAGCUUUGGUUCUGUGCUUGACAUAAUUCCUCUUGCUGAUUCUAUAACAAAAUUAAGUGCCAGAUGUGAGCUUUGUGGGAAACCUGCCCUGUUUACAUUGAGAAAAACACAAGAGAAGCAAACCGAGCUGAUCGGUGGUGCUGAUGUCUACAUGCCGGUCUGUCGCCACCACUAUGUAAGUGGACAAGUAGUCAUCGAGGCUGCAAGAGUUGCCAUUGAAUCCCAUGUUCAUUGUGGUUCCAUUGCAUAGUAGUAAUAUUAUAUUUAUGUAUAUAUAUAUUGCUUGAGAUUUGAUACACUAGAGGCGAGUCUGGAUAUGAAUCUUCUAUUCUAUCUAAUUAAGAUGUAUUUUAGCUUUAACUCUUUAUAUUAUGGGUGUGUAGACUAGUAAAUUCAAAUUUAGUUUGGUUAAAAUCUUAGUUUACUAAAGAGAGUGCCUCUAUUAUUCUCUUUGCAUUUACAUUUAUCUCUCUAAUAUUAAGAUAAAAAAAACCAACAAAACUAAAACUAAUACAAAUGUAAAAAGCUUAAACUAAUAAAGUACUAGCCACUACACCAUAGAAUUCCCCGUGGUAGUAAUUUUCGUCGUCAUCAUCAAAAAGCCCAUAAAAAAAUGGGUCCUGAAGUAAUUGGGCCGCAGUGGGCCUUUCCGGGUCACGAACAAUGCACUUUUCAAUGAAACAUUUCACUUCCGAAUCCUCCACCUUAUUCAGGGCCUGAGGUUUGACUCCGCCGCUCACCUUCCUGUAAAUAUCAACGAUUGACUUACACUCGCUGUACGGAAUCUCCCUAGUGACGAGCUCCAACACACAGAGCCCGAACGAGUAAAUAUCAACCGUCUCCGUAUACUUCUCCUCGAAAAUCUCCGGCGCCAUGUACUCAGGCGUCCCCACCAUAGACUGUACGAACGCGUUCCGGUCUUUCGCGGUGGCCAAUCCCAAAUCCCCUAUCUUCACCUUCCCCCUAUUUCCAUCGAUGAAGAUAUUGCUACAGUUUAAGUCUCUGUGAAUCACGCGCGGUUCGCACGUGUGAAGAUAGUCCAGGCCUCUCAAUAUCUGCCGGGCCCAUUUCUUGAUCGCAGAUAACGAAACCCUACGGUGUUUCUUACGGUACUCCCUCAAAUUCCCAGACAUGCAAACCUCGGUGAUGAAAUUGAGGGUUUGGUUAUUUUUGUCGUUCCAGGCGGCAAAGCAAGAAAUAAUGUUGUCGUUUUUUAAAGAAGUUAACAAACGAACCUCUGUGAAUAGCCUAGCCAUGGUUGAAUCGUCGUCCAUGAAUUUUCUCAAGGAAACUUGGUUCCAAGCUACUUCUUCGCCAUUUACAAUGUCAAAGGCUUUGUACACUUUCUUUACUGAACCGGCACCGAUCAACUCCCUGUACCUUCCGUAACGGCCCGUCGGAUCGGUCUCGACGAAAGGCUCACCAUCGUCGUCGUUGUUGUCGAGGUACGCCAUGUUUUGUUUGGAAGUUUCUUGAAUUUAAAAAUCUUAGGGCUUGAAUUGAUGAAUUCAAGUAGUGAGUAGAAGAAUUGCGGAUAAUGGAUUUAAAUGAAAACUGAGGCGGAGCAUAUAACUAAGAAGUAUGCAGUGAGACAUUCUUUCAAAUACAAACUGUGGUAACCCAUUUUUGCAGAGAGGAGAUUUGAUUAAGGU